UGUACGACCCUUCAACAUUUUGCAAACAUUCUUAGAGAGAGAGAUACAGAGAUAAAAAGAGAGAGACAACUAGUGAGAGAAAGAGAGAUGGGCCAUCACUCAUGCUGCAACAAGCAAAAGGUGAAGAGAGGGCUUUGGUCACCGGAAGAAGACGAAAAGCUCAUCAACUACAUCAAUACAUAUGGCCAUGGAUGCUGGAGCUCUGUUCCCAAACAUGCAGGUUUGCAGAGAUGUGGAAAGAGUUGUCGAUUAAGAUGGAUAAAUUAUCUAAGACCUGAUCUUAAACGUGGAAGCUUCUCUCCUCAAGAAGCUGCUCUUAUCAUUGAACUUCAUAGCAUUCUUGGCAACAGAUGGGCUCAAAUUGCUAAACAUUUACCUGGAAGGACAGAUAAUGAGGUCAAGAAUUUCUGGAACUCAAGCAUAAAAAAGAAGCUCAUGUCUCACCAUUAUCACCAUCAUCAUGGUCAUCAUCAUCAUCAUACCUCUUCAAUGGCGAGUUUGCUCACUAACUUUCCUUAUCACAACGUAUUGAACGGUACUGUUUGCGACGAUGAAGGUUCAAGAUUCAUGUCCAGUAUCAUCGCAAACACAAACCCUAAUUUCAUCACUCCAAACCACCUCCCUCUUCCUUCUCAUGUUAUGACCCCAUUGAUGUUCCCAACCUCUAGAGAAGGAGACGUCAAGUAUCUAACCACUACCAACACAAACCAGUCUCAUCAAGAUAAUAACCUUUCCACCAAUCUCGACAUUUUUUCAGCCACACCAUUCAUAAACAAUCAUCAUCACCAUCAUGAUAAUGAUCCCCAAUGGCCAUCACUACCAGAUCUCCCAGCAAGUACCAUUUCCACUUUUCACGACAGCCUUCAAGAUUAUGACGAUGGUGAUAAACUCAACGUGUUUGUAACACCACACAACGAUAAUGGGGAUCCUCGGAACUUUCCUUUGGUGUCCACAAAGUUAUUAUGUGGACAAGUUCUUGAAGGCAAAGCAAUUUCACAAGAUCACUGCCUUCUUCUCCCAACAACGUACGACUUGCAAAUGCAUGGUGAUUAUCGACGAGUGGACUCGUACAUUAAUCACAUGAUCAUACCAUCAUCAUCAUCUUCAUCAUCGCCAAUCUCUUGUGGACAGUACGUCAUCACUUAAGCAAACCCUAGUCCUACUCUAUCAACAUGGGAUUCCCAGACAUGAGUACGUAAUAAAUAUGUACCUAUAUAUGAUCUAUAUACGUUUUUAUAUCUAUAUAUUAGGAGGAAAGAGAGAACAUAAAUAAUCACUCACAUGUGUUGAUAACUCUUCUCCAUAUCAAAAAAUAUUCUACACUAUAGUAUAUAAGAAUUUGUGAUAUGUUACAUUUAGUACUUUUCAGAAAUAUUGCAUCGUCUUUGUUUUUGGGGAAACAUAAAUGUUGCUAGUUCUUCUUCAGGUUUAUAGUCGUGAGUUUGUGGAAAAAAAGUUACUAUUACAUAUAAAGUUCGUCCUUAUACACUAUUAAUGAACACAUAUAAACACAUGUAUGUACAAUCUCUCUCUCGUCACAUACGUACACAUGUGUUUGUAUAUGGUCAGUUUGUUUUAGCCUCUGUGUUGGAAAUUGCUGUCUUCAUCUUUGUUCUUGUCGCUUAUUGCAUUUCUCUAUCUAUGAUAUUAUGUGGGGUCAACCUUUCACUGUCGUAAUUCAAUGCAAGUUUCAUGUACAAAUAUCAUUGGUCAACUUCGAGAUUCUCUUUUGAUCAAUUUUAAAUGAUUGUGGUGAAAAACAUAAUUAUUACCCUUUAACUUUAAUAUUUUUGUCUGUUACCUGAAGAUUUAAAGCAAUGAGAAUGUCAGCAUCAUGUAGAGAAAGAGAUUCCUUGACAAACUAUCCAUUAGAAAAGGAGCUACAUUGUAAUGUUGACAAACGAAAAAGCAUAGACUUUUGAAAGUAUUACUUCACUUCCACUCCGAGAUUCAACAACACAUCAAAACAUGAAUAUUAAUACAUAGUAAUUUACUAAUUUAUAAGAUCGAAGUUUCUAGGCAGUGACUCUGUGACGACCUUGAGCUAUUCUCUGAGCUAUAUGACUCUUCGCCCACCUUUGGUUGCUUUGCUGGUCAAAAUCAGACAUUCACUAGUCGAGUAAGUAAACAGUUUGAUCACUCAAAACACAAUGUACAAAUGUAAAAUUUUCUAUUUGUGCUAAACAACGAACUC